AUGUCCGAUCCUAGCGAGCGGCCCUCGGAAUCCAUGCCGGGUCCUGACAACAACGGCCUGAAGCCCUUGUCGAAUGCAGACGACUAUUCGCUGCCGAUUACCAACAACAAUGAUCUCUCGCGGAUCAUGAGCCGCGCGGGAAUUGCGUUAUCCAACGGUUUCCCGCUCGAUGACGAUGACGAUGACGAAGGGGUGGAUGAGGACUACGUCGCAGUGGAUCAGGACGAUGCCAACGAGUUCCCAUACUGGCUCCGCCGCCCGCCGACACACCACCGCACCAAGCUGGAUGAGCUGCACCCAUUUGUUCAACUUCUCUCGGUAUCCAAUGUCGAGGAUUGUGUGGAGGUGGAGAAUGCGUUCCCAGAGAAUGAGCGUUGCUCGCGUGACAAGUUUGUCUACCGCCUCAGCCGGUGCCCCGAACUCAGCCUAGGGCUUUUCACUCUUCCCAUUAUUCCUGAAGGGCAGCCCAAGCCUCGUGCUACCCUUGUCGGACACAUCAUCGCCACUCGGACCUCGGAGCCCUGCGUGACGGAUCGAGCGAUGCGCUUGCCGGACAACUGGCAGAACGAGCGCUGGAGCUUUGAGGAAGACCACGCGGUUGGCCACGAAGAGGGCGGCAGCACCAUUGCCAUCCAUUCGCUGGCAGUACUCCCGGAUCACCAGGGCAAGCAGGUCGGCAGCACCCUACUGAAGUCUUAUAUCCACCGGAUCCGCGAGGCCCAGAUUGCCGACCGCAUUGCCAUCAUUGCUCACGAUCAUCUGAUUCCGUUCUACGAGUCGUUUGGCUUCGUGUCGCAUGGCCCUAGCAAGUGCCAAUUUGGCGGCGGCGGGUGGGUUGAUCUGAUCCUGGAGCUCGGGAAUGAGCAGUAG